UUAGCUAGCGCCUGUAAGCCACUAGCCGGCAGCCAAAAAAUCGACGUCGGCUGCCAAACCGCCGUGCACGCGCCGAUGCGUCGAUGCGAGGUGCCGUAGGCAGCAGCAUGCUUCGAUGGGCAGCACUAUUACCGCUCAUCGAUGCCCUGAACACGUCCACCCUAAACCAAUGGCACCACGCCCAGCAAUCACCCAUCUGCAGCCGCAAUACGUCCCUGAGCAAAGCGAUCGGCGUCAUCCCGCCCUUGAUCAACACGGUCUACUACACCGGUCGAAGCGAUUCCGAUUUAAAACACCUCACAGCUGCACACGGCGGCGCCACGUGGCCCGCGGCCUCGACCGACAUAAGGUGGCCGUCGCACUACCGCUUUUUGUACUAUGAUGAUGACGCUAUGAUGAAGAGCAUGGCCCAGCUGGAUCCGUUACUUGCGGAGGUCGGUGUGCGCGGCACGCUCAAAGCCUUCCGAGCUUUGAGGCCGGGCGCGUUCAAGGCCGAUAUUUGGCGCUAUGCCAUGUUGUGGGCCUGCGGCGGCAUCUAUGUCGACGGCAAGAUGCGCCUCGCGCAGGACUGGGACGCGUUUCUGCGGAAGGAAAUGACCAUAGGCAAGUACACAUUUGAUGAUGGCGGAGACCAUCUCAUAAGCUGUAUAGACCGGUGGGUGACGCGUUUAGACCGGAACCAGACGAUCAAAGGGGUCUGGCAAGGUUUACUUGUCUCUACGCCGCGGCACCCCGAUUUGCUGCGAGUGUUGCGGCAUGUCGUCGACAAUGUGGAGAAGAGAAGGUACUUCCCGGACGAGGGCAAGCUCGAGAUGUUGUAUGUGACGGGCCCCGCGGCGUUUGCGCGCGCGACGCAGACCCCGGGCUCGGGCUGGAAAGGUAGAAUUCAUCUGCCCUGCCACAUGGGGAACCACGGUCCUCAGUUGCGGACGAUCUGGGGCUCGGGAUCUGUGUUGUUCGUGCAGGACGCGCAGCUGCACGAGGGGUUGCGAGGCGGUCCGGACCAGAGCUACCCGGAGCUGUACAAGAAGCACCUGACGUACGUGGACGAUGUAGGUACAUAAAUACGUCUUCCUUC